CAAGUGGAAGCUAAGGUGGAUAGGUCAAAACCACAGGUGGACAGCAGUAGACAGAAGUCCAGCAGAAUGACCAGUGUGCUCUGUGGCAGAGCGAGGCUGGUGACGUACCUGCCAGGGCUUCACACUCUGGUACGGCGUAUCGCUGGACUUAGACAUUUCUCAGGUGCUGGCUCCUCAGGAUCGGAUGAACCCCAUCUCAAUAUUACACCUCCUGCCAUGGGGACAAGGACUGUGUGGCCAGAUGAGGCCAUGGGCCCGUUUGGACCUCAGGACCAGCGCUUCCAGUUGCCAGGUAAUGUGGGUUUCGACUGUCACCUUAAGGGCACAGCAGAGCUGAAGACUGGCACCAACCACAGUACACUACCAGAUGUCCUCACCACCCCAUCCAGCAGUGAGAGGCAUGAGUUUGUCCUAGCCCAGUUUGUGAGCGAGUUCCAUAGGGAAGAUGAUCCCCAGUCAUCACAGAGAGUCGGCAAAGCAGACGAGUAUUUUGACAAAUCAAAUGUGGAAUGUGCAAUACAACCUUGCCCUGAGCUGUUAAAGAAUGAUUUUCAGGCAAUGUUCCCAGAAGCUCCAAGUAAUGGCAUGAUGGUUGUCACAGUGACGCAGAAGACCAAGAAUGAUAUGACUGGCUGGUGUGAGGAGGUUGAACAGGAAAGAGAGCACUUGCUGGCCAAUUUUGUUGCAGGAGCGAAGGAAAUUUGCUGUGCUCUCCAAAAAGAAGGUUUCUGGGCUGACUUCAUUGAUCCGUCCUCUGGCCUGGCUUACUUUGGGUCAUAUACAAACAACACCCUGUUUGAAACGGAUGAAAGAUACCGACAUCUGGGCUUUCAGAUUGAAGACCUUGGCUGCUGCAAAGUGAUUCGCCACAUCUUGUGGGGUACCCACAUUUUUGUGGGAACACUUUUCACCAACGCCCCACCUAACAGCCUUGUCAUGAAGAAGCUUCAAGGGGACUAGUGUACAUUGUGUUGCUCAAGAAUGUACUGGGAGAUUACAGCACUUAAACUGUGUCACCAUUGGCUGAUUUUUGUAAAGUGUAUCUAUAUAUUUUGGUGAAAAAGAUAAGAUAAUGUGUGACAUCAUGGGGGAGAGUAUAUUGUAUUAGUAGCAUAUUAUUCUUGUUUAAGAGGGAGCCAGUGAUCCUGACAUUUGCAGUUAAUACAAUCAACCGCAACAUUUAGGUUCUUUCCAUGAGACCUAAAACACAGCGCUGACUGUCAAGCCAACUGCCUGUGUAAUUGAACUCAGCACCAGGACAGUGACGGUGACCUCAGAGCAGGGAUAUCUGCGGUCAGAAAACUGACCGUUUUUCCCCUCAUAUUGCCUUUCCACUUGAAUUCAGACCUCAGAAAAUAAACCCUUGUAGUCUGUUGUAAGAGAUUUUUGGACCUUCCCUGACAUUUCUCGUAUACAGCAGUCAUGGAUUAAAUAAUUUCACUGAUUUUAAUUCAGUUUAGACAGAAGCAGAUGCCUAAACCACUGUCACUGUGUGAGAGUGUUAUAAGCUAUGUCAAUGUGUUCAGCUUGCAUUAAAUCAAAAAGACAGUUUA